GAAGCUAUGGCUGUCAUCCGCACUGCCAGUGGCUUGGGCGCCAUUGGAAGUGACCUCAAAGAAGCUUGACACUUCACAGGGAUGGAGAUGGAAAUGCGAGCGAGGGAGAAGAUACAGAUAGGUCAAAACAUAACUCCACCUCUCCCUCCCCUCGCUUUCUCCCUCGUCGAUCCCUUCCUCUCAUCUCACUGUUCCUCAUGCUUCUCUCCUAUCCCUUCCCAUGGUCAUCACCCUCCUUUCCUUCCUCCCUCCCUCUCCCACAACGACCAUCUCCCAUCUCUCCUCUACUGCUCUCGUUCUUGCUCUCUCUCUGACUCCCCCCUCCACCUCUCUUCCGGCGAAUUCCACUUCCUCCAAUCCCUCCCCGGUACCUCCUCUUCCCUGCCCUCUUCCGACAUUCGCACCGCCCUCCGUCUCCUCCACUCCGUCUCUGUCCCCUCCGCCAAUCCCCACCGCAUUUCCGGCCUAUUGAUCAACCGCUAUCGACUGAUUUCCGACGAUUCUUGGGUUUCAUCCAGCAUUCGCCAGGGGGCCAGGGCGAUGGCCGCCGCCAGGAGGAGAGCGCGAGGGGAGGAAGGAGUCCUGGAUGAACAUGACCUCGUUUUGGAGGAGUCGGUUCUCUGCUUGAUCAUCACAAACGCUGUGGAGGUGCAGGAUGAUUCUGGGCGCACCCUCGGGACUUCUGUCUAUGACUGGGCUUUCUCUUGGAUCAAUCACAGUUGCUCUCCCAAUGCCUCUUACAGUUUUGAGAUCUCCCCACCCAACGCCACUUCCUCAAAUGAGAACUCGAGGAAGCUGCUGAUCGUCCCGCACGUCAUUGGCAAUGACAAUGCUGAAGGAGAGAAUGUUGGUUCUUGCUAUACUGAAUUUCAACAAGGGAGAAAUCAAGGGUUUGGUCCAAGAUUGAUAGUUAGAAGUAUCAAGACGAUUGAGAAAGGCGAGGAUGUGACUAUAUCCUACACCAACUUGUUGCAACCUAAGGCAAUGAGACAAUCAGAGUUAUGUGCAAAAUAUCACUUUAUCUGUUGCUGUAGGAGAUGUAGAGCCUCACCCCCAGCUUAUGUAGAUCACGUGUUAGAGGGAAUUUAUACUUUCAAGAGAGAGUUUACAAGAAACUGUUCUGAUAACAACUUCUACACAGAUGAAGGGGAUGAAUCAGCUAGAAAAAUCACCGACUAUGUUGAGGAAGCCAUAAGUGAGUAUCUUGAUGUUGGUGAUCCAGAGUCUUGCUGCGUGAAACUUGAACACAUGCUUUCUCAGGGUUUGGUGGAUGAGUACUUAGAAACAAAUGACAGAAAAUCACAGCUUAUCUACAGGUUACAUCCCCUGCACUAUCUUGCUCUCAAUGCAUACACCACACUGGCUUCAGCAUAUAAAAUACGCUCUGAUGACUUAAUGGCUCUUCAUUCUGAAGCUGAUGUCAAACAGUUGGAAGCUUUUGAGAUGAGCAGAGCCAGUGCGGCAUACUCACUGUUGCUCGCAUCUGCAACUUACCAUCUCUUUUUGUCAGAAUCUUCUCUGAUUCUAUCUGCUGCAAAUUUCUGGACAAAUGCUGGACAAUCCUUAAUAUCCCUUGCUACUAGUUCAGUUUGGGGUCUGUUUAUAAAAAGGCAGUUGCUUAUUCCGUAUCUUCCUUCUCUUGCAAAACAUGAAUGCACCAAGUGCUCAAUGACAGAGAUAUGUGAACCUAAUUUAUCUUUUAGUCAAGUUCCAUAUUCUGAUUUGGAGGAGAUAUCCAGCAAGUUCACAAACUGUGUUACUAAUAUGGUUCGAGAGGUUUGGAGUUUUCUGGUUCAUGGUUGCCAUUAUUUGGAAAUAUUCAAAGACCCCAUUGAUUUCAGCUGGGUUGGUCAGUCUUCUAAUAUUUUGGAUUUUGAGGGUUGUUUGGGCAGCUCUAGCAAGCAUUCUAGACAUGAUAGACAGCAUGAAGGGUGGUAUGCUAACAAGAGGGAAACUAUAUUUCAUCUUGGUAUUCACUGUUCACAAUUAGCUUCUGACUGUAGGCAGCAGGAGAAAAGAUCAACAAUACUUGAGUUGAGGGUCCAAGGGCAACCGCCAGGUUAUUUGGUGCAGAUAGUUCUCGUGUCUCUAAUCUGACGGGCCUUGUGCUUGACUGUGUGACCCCAUGGCCACCAGAAUGAACUAUCAAAACAAAAUCGGACUAUACAUAUAUAUACACACACACACACACACAUAUAUAUAAAGAAAGGAAUGUAUU